GAGUUCUGGGCGGAGGUCCGGGUUUAGAGCGCAGCCGCUUCCUGUCAGCACCAGUCCUCCUGCAGCAGAACCAUGUCCGGUGUCGCCUCCACCCUGGCCAAGAAGCGGGCCCUGGCCGCAGGGUUCGGAACCAACGCCAACGCGGUUCCGUACCUGAACCAGAACUUCGAGGCUCUGCGCGCGAGCUGCUUGUCCUCGGGUCAGCUGUUCUGCGACCCGGCCUUUCCCGCCGCGCCAGAAUCUCUGGGCUUCAACGAACUGGGCCGGAACUCCCACAAGACCCGCGGAGUCACCUGGAAGCGGCCCACGGAGCUGGUCUCAAACCCAGAGUUCAUCUUGGGCGGAGCCACCAGAACCGACAUCUGCCAGGGAGGUCUGGGUGACUGCUGGCUGCUGGCGGCCAUCGCCUCGCUGACGCUGAACGAGUUUGUGAUGGCGCGCGUGGUUCCUCUGGACCAGAGCUUUGGAAACAACUACGCCGGCAUCUUCCACUUCCAGUUCUGGCAGUUUGGCGAGUGGGUGGACGUGGUCAUCGACGACCGUCUGCCGGUCAGAAACGGCGAGCUGCUGUUCGUCCAUUCUGCAGAGGGGAGGGAGUUCUGGAGCGCUCUGCUGGAGAAGGCCUACGCCAAGGUGAACGGCUGCUACGAGGCGCUCUCCGGCGGUUCCACCACCGAAGGCUUCGAGGAUUUCACCGGCGGCAUCGCCGAGAACUUUGACCUGAGACAAGCCCCGCCCAACCUGUUCCAGAUCAUCCGGAAGGCUCUGGAGGCGGGGGCUCUGCUGGGCUGCUCCAUCGACAUCACCAGCGCCGCCGACUCCGAGGCGGUGACUCGUCAGAAGCUGGUGAAAGGCCACGCCUACUCGCUGACCGGCGCCGUGGAGGUGACCUACCGCGGCCGUCAGGAGAAGCUGGUGAGGAUGAGGAACCCCUGGGGUCAGGUGGAGUGGACCGGAGCCUGGAGCGACGGGUCGUCAGAGUGGAACUACGUGGAGGGAGACUGUCCACACGCCAACGCCGAGGAUGGCGAGUUUUGGAUGUCCUUCAACGAGUUUGUGCGCAACUAUUCCCGCGUGGAGGUGUGCACGCUCACGCCGGACACCAUUGACGACGAGGACGUCAAGCACUGGAGCGUCAGCAAGUUUGACGGCACCUGGAGGCGGGGCUCCACGGCGGGGGGCUGCCGGAACCACCCCUACACGUUCUGGACCAACCCGCAGUUCGUCAUCCGGCUGGACGAGGAGGACGACGACCCCGAUGACGGCGAGGUGGGCUGCAGCUUCGUGGUCGGUCUGAUCCAGAAGAACCGCAGGAAGCUGAGGAAGCAAGGCGAGGACAUGCACACCAUCGGCUUCGCCAUCUACGAGCUCCCAGAGCAGUUCCACGGCCAGAGGGAUGUCCACCUGGACAAGAACUUCUUCCUGACUCAUGCUCAGACAGCCAGGUCAGAAACCUUCAUCAACCUGCGAGAGGUGAGCACCCGCUUCAAGCUCCCGCCGGGAGAAUACCUGAUCGUCCCGUCCACCUUUGACCCACACCUGGACGGAGACUUCUGCAUCCGAGUCUUCUCCGAGAAGCAGACCGAGACGCUGCCCUGUGAUGAUCCCGUCAGCGCUGAGCUCAAUGAUGACGCCGUGUCGGAUGAAGAAGUGGACUCUGGAUUCAGGAACCUGUUCAUGAAACUCUCUGGAAAUGAUGGGGAGAUCUCUGCAGUGGAACUGAGAACCAUCAUGAACAAGAUCGUUUCCAAACGAACUGACAUCAAGACUGACGGCUUCAGCAUGGAGACCUGCAGGAUUAUGGUCAACCUGAUGGACGACAGCGGGAAUGGGAAGCUGGGUCUCGGGGAGUUCGCCACCUUGUGGAAGAAAGUCCAGAACUACCUGAACAUCUAUAAGAAGAACGACACGGACGACACCGGCACCAUGAGCACUCCGGAGAUGAGGCUGGCCUUCAGAGACGCAGGUUUCACCCUCAACAACACCAUCUACCAGCUGCUGGUGGCCCGCUACUCCGACCCGGACAUGACCAUCGACUUCGAUAACUUCGUGGGCUGUCUGAUGAAGCUGGAGAUGAUGUUCAGGGCCUUUAAGAAACUGGACCAGGAUGGUUCUGGCUCCAUCGAGCUGGACCUGCUCCAGUGGUUGAACUUCUCCAUGAUCUGAAGCGUUCCUGCGCCGCUGAAGCUCCGCCUCCUUUCAUGCCAAGCUUUUUUUAUUUUUCCAAACUCCUGAACGACUGCAGAGUCAAUAAAUGUAUUCAACCAA